AUGGAAUUAUCACAGAUUUUUUUGCUUAUUUUGUCGCUGGUUCUUUUUGUAUAUCUGUGUAUUUGUAAGCUCAGUCUGAGAGAUAAAUCUCUUGUUGCAAUCAGCAAAUUUGCUUUUAAAAACCCCAGGCUUCCACCAGGCAGAACAGGCUGGCCUCUUGUAGGUGAAACUUUGGAGUAUUUCUCCAAAAUUCAACAGGGUGUCCUUGAAAAGUUUGUAACAGAGCGGAGGAACAAGUACUCCUCCAAGAUUUUCAGGACAUCAUUGAUAGGUUACCCCAUGGCUAUCUUAUGUGAUGCUGAGGGAAACAAAUUUCUGUUCUCUAAUGAGAAUAAAUUUGUCAAGCAUUGGUGGCCAAGCACAAUUGACAAGCUCUUUCCCAAGUCAAAUAAUAAGCCUAACACUGAGCACACAAAAGCGUUGCAUAAACUCCUGACUUUCAUUCUCAAGAAAGAUGUUUUACGAGCAUAUGUUGGUGUCAUGGAUGCAAUAAUGAAGCAGCAUUUGCAGAUCUAUGCCGAGUGCAAACUAGUGAAGAUUGGUGAUAUGGCGAAAACGUACAUAUUCAAAUUGGCAUGCAUUACAUUCUUAGGCAUCGACAAUCAGGGAAAGAUUGAUGAGCUUGAAAAGGGUAUAGAAGAGAUAGCAACUGGUCUUCAUUCAAUGCCCUUAAAUUUUCCAGGAACAGCUUUGAAUCGUGCCAUCAAAACAUCGAAGCUGAUGCGGGAAGAGUUUGAGUCAAUGAUUAGGCAAAGAAAGAUUGAUCUUUCGGUGCAUAGUUCAUCUUCAGCAAAGGACUUCGUGUCACACAUGCUUUUAGCAACAGAUGAUGGUGGCCAGUUUUACAGCGAAGCCGACAUAGCUUGCAUUUUAGUAGGUUUAUUGCAAGGUUCCUACACAACCGUUCACAACACAAUUACUAACAUCAUGAUGUAUCUUACAGAGUUUCCUGAUGUUUAUAACUCGGUCCUACGAGGUAAGACCAAUACAGCUGUUUAUGUGUUUAAUCUGGUCAUGUUUUGA